AUGCCCAAAUACUCGGCGCUUCUAUUCUACGUCCGAGUCUUCGAAAUCAAAUGGGACUCGCGCCUCUUCCGGACGAACAUAUUGGUCUGCGUAGGCCUCGUCACCGUGUGGUUCCUCUUCUCGCUUCUGUUUGAUGUCUUCCAAUGCACUCCAAUACGGAAAGUGUGGAUUCCACUGAUCCCAGGACACUGCAUCAAUACCUCCCAUUGGUUUCUGGGGCUUGCAACAGUUAGUGUGAUCGUAGAUUUUUACAUUAUGCUUCUGCCCCUACCAAUACUGUGGAGCCUGCACGCGGGGCGCAAGCGCAAAAUGAUAUUGACGGGGUUCUUCUUUUGCGCUUAUUGCGUGAUCACUUGUUCGCUCGGCCGCGUGGUAGCCAUCUUGCAGCUCAACAAGAAAUCUGACGGAGACUUGUUAUGGAACAUCAGUACCUUCUUCUAUUGGACAGUGGCCGAACUAGCCAUCUCGAUCGUGAGCAUCUGCCUCCCAAAUAUGACUCAGCUACUCCGCCGCGCGCAUCAACACGGAGUCUCAGCAUUGUUCACGCGUCGGGAAUAUCCAGCUGGUACGGGGAGCUGUUCGAAAAAGGGGCUGGCGGGCUUUGCGUUGCUUCAAGGGAACAAGGGAGGGUUUCAAUGUGUCGUCGGCAACGAUGAUACUACGUUACCCACUAAUAAUGAUCCAUUGAUCGACAAGGAGGACCAAAGCGGUCUGUAUAGGGCGAGUGCAUCUGCGCAACAGUCUGAGGAGGGGGCGAUUACUGCUUUGGGUCAGGUACGCCUGCGGCACGACAUAGACGUGAGAGAGAAUGGAGGGUGGGCCAUGGUUUGA